GUCCCGGGGCGCGGGCGGGAGGUCUCACCAUGUCUUGGCGCCGCGCGGCGCUGGCUGUGUCGCGGCUGUCGCAGCGCCGGCUUGGCUCGGCGGGGCAGCUCCGUGGGGCGGCGGGCGCUGGAGGAGCCGCGGCCUCUGGCAUGGGGAACAGCACAUCAUCUUUGGAGAAAUCAGCAACUGCACCUCUGAACCAGAUCCAAGAAACAAUUUCUGAUAAUUGUGUGGUGAUUUUCUCAAAAACAUCCUGCUCUUACUGUAAAAUGGCAAAGAAGAUUUUCCAUGACCUGAACAUUAACUAUACAGCAGUGGAACUGGACAUGCUUGAAUAUGGGAGCCAGUUUCAAGAUGCUCUGUACAAAAUGACUGGUGGAAGGACCGUUCCAAGAAUAUUUGUCAAUGGAACUUUUAUUGGAGGUGCAACUGACACUCACAGGCUUCACAAAGAAGGGAAACUGCUUCCACUAGUUCAUCAGUGUUAUUUAAAAAAAAGUAAGAGGAAAGAAGUUCAGUGACUUAGGUACUUUGACUAGGAAAUGUCAGUUAAAGUGAUACCUGAUAAUGUCUUUUAAAUGUUAACUUAAGUGAAUUAUCUUCAUGACAAUUAACAAUAAUGAACAAUAAAUUGCUGCAGAAACCUCAUCUUUCUACUUGCCAAUUCUUGAGCGUAAGACAUAGUAUUUACAACUGAAGGGAUGGUGUUGCAUGGAAAAAUGAGGGAAGAAUGUGUUUUAUUGCAAUUUAUAUGUGAACUUUACAAGGAGAUAAGUAUUUGAAAAUUUUAAAUCUCUACAGUAUUUAGGAAUUAACUCCUUCUUUUAGUAAUAAAGAUUAAUAAUUAUGAUUUUCUCUAAAAUUUGAGGUUCACUGAUACAGUUGUGAACUAGGUAAUCUAUUAUAUUGUGAAAAGCAUUCACCCUGUAUUUCUAGAGCUUAGAAAUUUUUAGAAUGGAGUUAAAUUUAGUAAAACCAAAUCACUUAAUGAUUUAAUAGUCCCAGGGGAUAUAAAUGUAUCUAUGGCCGGGAAUUAAAAGGAAGACUAUUACAGCAUUAUGUAAGGAUGAACUCUUAUGUGAGGAUACAGUUAGAAACGUACUUGAAUUGAGUUUUUACUUUUGUUUGCAUUUCUUUUCAAAAUGUUCUGUAGGAAAACCAGUUGUUAGAUGGAAAAUUAGAUGAAAUGAAAUGUUUCUGCUUUGGUUGGAUGUGCCCCCUCCCCCUAAUUCCUAUGUUGGAAACUAAUCCCUAAUGUAGCAGCAUUGAGAAGUAGGACCUUUAAAAGGGUGUCCAGGUCAUGAGGGUAGAUGGAUUGUUAUCAAGAGAGUGGGUCUUGAUAAAAGCUAAGUUUGGUUCCCCUUUCUAAGUGUGAGCUAUGUUGAUCUUGGCCUUCUGGGCCUCCAGAGCUGUGAGAACUCAAUCUGUUCAUUAUUAAUUACUUAGUAUCAGGUGUUCUUUUACAGCAACACAGAAUGGACCAAGAUAGUCCCUGAAAAUCAUUUUUACUGUUGAUAUUCUGCUAUUUUGGAAACACUAAACUGGUUACACUUCAGUUCAAUUUUCCCAACAAGAUUUAUCCAAGUAGUCUUAUUUUUAGAAUUGAAAAUAUUUUCAUUGCUUUAAGUCAUUUUUCUAGCUUAUCAGUAAUUUUUUAAGUGCUUACUACAUAAAAUAUUUUCCUACUUUAUUCCCAGAGUCAUGUGUUAGGGGCAGAUUAUUAGAUGCUAAGAAAAAUUCCUCAAAGGUGGGAGGAAAAUGGAUGUCCAUAGAGUGAAUGCUUUUGUUUUCUGGUCAGGGAAUUUGGGAUAGCCAGCCUUAAAUUGCUGUUUAGAAUCCUUGAUAAAAUGAGUUUAUAAACUGUUUUCCAUGUGGUAAUUCAUUUGUUAUAUUGGCAUGAAACAAAGUGGAAUCUUUUAGUCCUUUUAUGUCAUGAAAAGUUUUACAUGCUUGCUGUUGUAAAAUCUUUGUUAGAAAUCUGUUACCCAUGAAAAAGAUAAAAUUGUAAUUGUAUACUGUCA